UCCAAGAUGGCUGCGCACAUGAAUGAGAUACAAUUUCUGAAAUGAUUGCACAACAGAGAUUACACAGUAUCUUGUCAUAAACAAAAGGUGGACCGUUUUCAACCGAUUGUAUUUGAAGCUUUGUGUUGUGCACUUGUUGUCAGCCAUGCCUACUGAUCUAAACGCCAUAUUUGACAACCUGUACCUCGGGAGCAUGGAGGCGGCCCUGCACACUGACACACUAAGAGAGUUAGGCAUCACGCAUAUCUUGACCAUUGAUGACCGGCCCCUGUCACAGGAGAUCACAUGUCACUUCAGCUGCAAGUAUGUCCACGGACUGGACCUACAAGACACCGAUCUUCUGACGUACUUUGACGAAUGUGUUGAAUUCAUCAACGAAGGAAGAAACAAGGGUGGCGUUUUAGUUCACUGUUUCGCAGGCAUGUCCCGUAGUGCAACCAUGGUGAUCGCCUACAUGAUGGCCAAGUGUCAGACUGACCUUCAAGAGGCCUUGGCAUAUGUUAAAAAAAUGAGGAGCUUAAUCAGACCGAAUCGUGGCUUCAUGGAACAGCUGCAGCUGUAUGAAGAUAUGGGUUGUCACAUUGACAAGAAGCACAAUGGCUUCCGGAUGUACAAGCUCAAUCAGUUGGCUCUACGGGUACAGGCAGGUAGGUCAUAUGAGGAUAGGAUGUGGGAGGUUCCGUCCGAUAUGUUUGCUGCUGAUCCUGAUGGCUCUGGACAAGAUGUUGUAGUGUACAGGUGUAAAAAGUGCAGAACAUCUCUCUUCCGAAAGUCUGUGCUGCUAAGUCACACGAUUGGUGAAGGUGAAUCUGCAUUUGACUGGCGAGGGAAACAGCCAGCCAAUCAGAGGACAGAUGAAGUAAAGGCCAAGUCAGAGACGAUAUGCAAUAAAUCCUUGUUUAUAGAGCCUGUGAAAUGGAUGGCUGGAACGGUGGAAAAUAUGGAGGGGAAGCUCUCGUGUCCAAAAUGUUCAUCCAAGAUCGGUUCUUUCAUAUGGUAUGGAGAGAGAUGUCCGUGUGGAUCAUGGGUAGCGCCAGCCUUCCAUAUUCAAAACUCAAAGGUUGACGAGGUCACACCUCGCCCUGCCAUCAAGAUCGCACAGCCACGCCCACUGGUCACUCAAGAGCUGCCUAUCAUGAACGUCCCCGGUCCUCUGGACGAGCUGCAGCAACUCAAUGACGCCCUUACCCAGACAUUAUGAUGGAACUCCUUUGAAAGAUGGCAGCUGUUACUUAGAACAUGUUUGUAUAAAAUGUGAGGUUCUGUAUGUUUGACCAUGGCAAAUCAUUCACUUGUUUUUAAGAUUUUAUGCUGACUCCAUUUACAACCUCAUAAUGGGUUCUAUUCAGAAUAUGCAUUUCAACCUUUUCAAAUCUGAAAAUGUCUAUGAAUUAUAUAAAAACAACUUUGGUUUUGGACUAAAUGGGGUUAAGAUUUGCCAGUGUGUAUACAUUUUCUAUCCUCCCAAGAUUUAAGGGGCGUGGGGUAGCCUUGUAGUUAAAGCAUUCACUCGUCAUGCCAAAGACCUGGGUUUGAUUCCGAAAAUGGGU